GAGAUUGCAAUUGCUAUUACAAUUCAUGAUUAUCCUUUGUCGAUGGUUGAUCAUCUCUAUUUCAAGAGAUUUGUCUGCUCUCUUCAACCAUUGUUCACUGUUCCAUCGAGGAAUACUAUAAAGAAAGAGAUCUUUAAGAUCUAUGAUACUGAAAGAGCUAAGAUUCAAAGUGGGUUUGGUAGCAACAGAGAUUUGCAUAUGUACCAGCACCUCAUGCUGCUGAAAGGUUGA